ACCACCACCCCCAGUCCUAAGCUCCUCCUCUGUCGUCGGAGAGCGGGGACCGGUCACAUUUUGCUCAAUGAGAGCGAGAGGGCACCGGAGAGGAUUUCCUAAUUUCAACCUGCUGCCGUUCCGUGCGGCUGUUUUCUCGCCUCUGUCAAAGAGGCUAAUAUGAAGACAUCAAUUGGCAAACCAGACCCUGGAAAGCACCUACAAUCUAUUCAACUAAUUUGAAACUGAAGACAACACCAUGCGUUGUCUGCGGUAAAAACCCUGUUCUCCACUCUCCCCACUUCCUACAUAGCCUUUGAGAGUGAGCAUACCACGAGCUGCACAGACAUGGGUUCAGAUCAACCCUGCAUGGAUUCACCAGAGCUUAGGCCCACGUUGGGCGCUGCCUGUAAGCGGCAGGGCCACCGGUGUCUGCGGAAAAGGCUGAGGCCAGUGCGAAUCUUAGGGUUCGUCUUCAGCUUGGUGGCCUUAAGUGUCGUUUCCUUCAGUGCCUUGACCUGGAGCUCAGGGGGUCUCAAUGAGCCAGUGCUCCCCCAGGAGAGUCUCCACCAGUUGGCCCCCCACAGGACUCUUCUUUUCACCCAACACCAGGGGGACCCCAAUGUGUCAGCUGACAUGCCAAUAGCCAUGAAAUCUACAGCAGACAGCAACGAGAGCCAGGGGGAUUACCCUCCAGACAUUUUCACCCUUGAGGAGAGGCGCCAAGGCGCAGUGGUCCUCCACAUGUUUGGCAUGAUCUACAUGUUCAUCGCCUUAGCCAUAGUGUGUGAUGAGUUCUUUGUCCCAGCGCUGACAGUCAUCACGGAGAAGCUGAGCAUUUCGGAUGACGUAGCAGGUGCAACCUUCAUGGCGGCAGGCGGCUCAGCACCGGAGCUCUUCACCUCCAUCAUCGGCGUCUUCAUCUCACACAGCAAUGUGGGCAUCGGGACCAUUGUAGGCUCAGCUGUCUUCAACAUCCUCUUCGUGAUCGGGAUGUGCGCCAUCUUCUCCAAGGAGAUCCUCAACCUGACGUGGUGGCCACUCUUCCGCGACGUCUCCUUCUACAUCAUGGAUCUGAUCUUGCUCAUCAUCUUCUUCCUGGAUAACAUCAUCUCCAUUUGGGAAAGUGUCACACUGCUCUCAGGCUACGCUGCCUACGUGAUCUUCAUGAAGUUCAAUAGCACAGUUGAGGGCUUCAUCAAGGGUUGCAUGAACAAGAACCAAGUGGUAGAAGUGGAAGUACAGCCCAAGGCAAGUCCUGGGGCGCCAGAGGAUGAUGGCAAGUUGUCGGCCAGGCCUCGGCUUCAGAGGGGGGGUAGUUCUGCCUCCCUGCACAACAGCUUGAUGAGGAACAGUAUUUUCCAGCUUAUGAUUCACACGUUGGACCCUUUAAGUGAAGAAUUUGCUGACUCUGAGCUUGGGACUUAUGGGAAACUAAAAUAUUAUCACUCAAUGACUGAGGAAGGUAAAUUUCGAGAGAAGGCAUCAAUCCUUCACAAGAUCGCUAAAAAGAAAUGCCAAGUGGAGGACAGUGAGAAGGCCAAUGGAGUAGCAAGCCGUUCAGAUAAGAACCUUCCAAACAGCUCCAGCGUGGAAGUGGAAGUGACGCCACCCAUGAACGGAACGGCAGGGCAAGAGGGGGAAACGGUUGAGGAUGAGGAGGAGGAGGACCAGCCUCUGAGCCUGUCCUGGCCUGAGUCGAACCGCAAGCGCCUCACCUACCUCUUAAUUAUACCUGUUGUGCUCCCUCUGUGGCUAACGCUGCCUGACGUCAGAAAACCGUCAGCGCAGAAGUUCUUCCCCAUCACCUUCCUGGGUGCCAUCAGCUGGAUUGCAGUCUUCUCCUACCUAAUGGUGUGGUGGGCUCACCAGGUUGGAGAGACCAUUGGGAUUACAGAGGAGAUUAUGGGCCUGACUAUAUUAGCAGCUGGAACCUCCAUCCCUGACCUCAUCACCAGUGUUAUUGUGGCACGCAAGGGGCUGGGUGAUAUGGCUGUAUCCAGCUCCGUAGGCUCCAACAUCUUCGACAUUACUGUUGGGCUGCCGUUCCCUUGGCUCAUGUGGUCCUUUAUCAACGGUUUGAAACCGGUGCAAGUCAGCUCCAACGGCCUCUUCUGCGCCAUUGUGCUCCUCUUCCUCAUGCUCCUCUUCGUCAUCAUCUCCAUCGCCGCCUGCAAGUGGCGCAUGAGCAAGCUGCUCGGCUUUAUCAUGUUCCUGCUGUAUUUCGUCUUCCUGGUGGUCAGCGUCAUGCUGGAGGAUAGGAUCAUUACCUGUCCGGUGUCCAUCUGAGGACCUUCGGGGACCUACUUCCUCUCUCUCUCCCUCGUCACUACCACAACCACCACCAAACACAACCAUCCUUCUUGUCUGCCAUCGCUCUCACCUGACCCUCGUUAUCCUUUACCCCAGGAAUAAAAGACAAGAAUGGAGGAAUGGACAAGAGAAUAAUAUACUAAUGUGAAAAAAAUAUGGAUUCUACCUAUAUUUUCCGUAAGCAGGUGGUGGUAUGGAGGGGUUAAACCAACAAGGGCACAAGACUUUGGCGUGGCUGGUUUAGCGUAGGCCUAACCUGAGUGGAUUUUUAUUUAUUAUUAUUUAAUUGGCAAGUGGGGGAGGGGGUGGUUAUGGGUGUACCACCUAAAUAUAGAAGUAUUAUGCAUGCCAUUAGUGUCACUAGAUGAGCUGGAAUUGAGACAAAACCUUGUAGGUUGAGGAGAAUGACCUCCUGUGAACUUUGGGCGGGACAAAACAAGAGAUGCACUGUAUAAAACUCUCAAUAAUAAAUGCAGUGGCUGAGCUGAAAUUGUGAGCGUAUUUGAACACACACACCAGUUCAACACACUGAGACUUUGUCCCCUGCAUAGGGAUUUGUCGACGAGGAAGUGGCACACCGUGUGGAUGAAGAUUUUCAGAGAUGUUUCCUGUCUGACGGUAUUGAGCGAAAAAGACUCGCCUGUGGGCUUUGCACCUGAGCAACAAGGGAUGAAACACUUUUGCUGGGCAGACAAACUCCUUUUGUUAUUUCUUUUUUGCAAAUCCACCAUGUGCUCAGUCUGAAUGAUGAGUUUAAGCUUCCCCCUCUUCCCUGCCAGAUGUCAUUUUUUCACCACUGAAUGUCUCUUCAGAGGAUUUUUCUUUCUUUUCUUUUUGGAUUCAUUUUCAUAAAAUAUAUAGAUUAGUAAUAGUAGCAUUAGAUGUACUGUAGCAGCAUUAGUCAAAAAAUCUACUCCUUUUUUUUCUUUUGCCACUGAACACACGUUCUGAUUGUACACAACUUUUCAUGCUUCACACGCACUGACUGACGAAAGCAAGAAAAAAAAAAUGCCUCACUGAAGUUUAGCCUCUGAAAAUAUAUGCUAGCCUUCAAUUCACUGGUUGGAGAAAAAAAGGCAUGAGUACUUUAGGUUAAAUAAAAUUCCAUAAUGAAGUCUGUGUCAAAAUAAUGCAUUUGAAAAGAACUUAACAGUGUUUAAGUGUCAUGGGUGAUUUAGAUUAGUCAAUGUGUAGUGCUUUGUUCACAGUAGAACUGGGCUCAACUCACCGGCUAGUCAAGCUCCUGGGGUAGUAGUUUCAAGGAGUCAACUGCAUGUAAAAAUAGACACUUGGAGGUGAAUAAUACCAAUCAACAUUUAAGAAGUUGUAUACCAAAAUGUAUACUUUUUCAAACAUGUUUGAGAACUUCCUAAUGCAAACCACCACUCAGUCUCUGUGUAGAAAAUGUCAACAUGUAUGGUCAAUGAUAUCUAUCAACCUUGUGCAAUUUCUUUUCUAAUCAAAGGUGCUUUUGUGUGCAUGUGUGCAAUCUGCAUUUGAAGUACCAUUCCUUAUAUUAUCUAUGAAUAGAGGCUAUACUACCAGUAUUUUGCAACUAACUGCAAAAAAAGCUAACCCCAAUCUGUGUUUUAUAUUGGAAAUAGAAAUCAUAAUUACAAUCUCUCUUUAAAAUACAUAGAAUGUGGAAACCACAGAUUUAACAGCAAUAUACCGUGUGUGUCGUCAUCGAGAAUCGCAUCCCCCAUGCGUCUGUCCCCUGCUGUCUUUCCUGUAUGACAUGAUCAGAAAACUCCAUGAGAAAAAGUGAGCAACCAUUUCUCCCCUUCAGCCCCUUCCUGUUAGAGCUGGCCAGAAACACCCGCUUUACCUCAAUACAGCCUCUGUACAGCAGCUUAGUAGGAAUUAAUUGUAAAAUAAUAGUAAAUAGAUUCUCUGAAUGUGUGAGGAUAACUGCAUGCAAGGAAUUUGGGCUGGUUACCCACUGACUGUACAGCUGAGCUUAGACCAACUAUAUAUGUUCACUUUUAUGCAUCCAUUCAGAAAGAAACACCAAGAAGUCAUUGUAAAUACAAACACCUGUUAUUUGCAAAAAGCUAAUGGUUCGACCAUGUCUUUUAUUCAUUUUUAUUUAUUUUCUUUUUUGUAAUAGGAGAUGGAAAAGGACAAUGAUGGUGGCCCCUCAGUAUCAUAGUAUUAUUGAGCAGAAAAACAAAACAAGAGCAUUUAUUUUUAGACUACUUAACAUCGUGUUAGCAUACAUUACACUGUAAACUGUUAUGUGUAGUGUGCUCUCGUACAGUAUAUUUUCUCUCACAACCCAAAGAGUCAAUUUAAGGCCUCUAUGAUGACUCAUGUAUUUUUUGAAAUUCUCCUGUGCUCACUUGCCAUUAAACUCUUCUCUCAGAGCGCCUGCACGCUCUCGUUAACAUGAUCACCCCUCACCUGUAGUUUCUACUCGUCAAAUACAUCAACAUUUUGGGAGAUGCACUUUUUUUGCUUUCUUACCGACAGUUAGAUGAGAAGAUGGAUGCCACUUUCAUGACAGUGUGGUAAAUAUGAAGUUAGGAGCCAUCACACGGUUAGCUUAGCUUAGAACAAAAAUGGGAAACUAGCUACCUGGCUCUGUUCAAAGGUAACAAAAUUUGCCCGCCAGCAUCUCUUAAGUUUGUUGAAUUUGUAGCAAGUAUAAAAACAAGUUGUGGUUUUACGGGAGGUUGCACGCAGACCAUGAAAGCCAAGCUAGCUUUUCCUCUCUCUUUUCACUGUUUGGGUUAAGCUAACCGUUUGCUUGCGAUAGCUUCAUAUUUACCAUACAGACAUGAGAGUAGUAUGCUCUUCUCGUCUAACUCUGGGCAAGAAAAUGAUUAAUCAUAUUUACCAAAAUGUCUACUGCUUUAACAGGUCAAGAGGACCUGACCUUCUACCACUGCGGUCACAUGUGCAUACUGUACCUGUGCACUUCCAUUUUCAAAACGCCUCCGUUCAAGACACCACUUUUGUUCUUCCUUCUCCAAAGUUCCCAUGGUAUUUUUCCUGUGGGAGGCUGGGAGCAUGGAUGGUGAGAGGAAAGAGAGAAAGUGAAAAAAUCAGUAGGCAAACCGUUUUAGAAUCGGAGCUUUGCUUUGGUUGUGGUUUACCAUGGUAAGCGACUGUGAAAGUUGGCCACUAAUGAACAUUCUUGCACUGUAAAUGUUUUAUUUUCUUGGUGUUAAUGUAAGAUUUAUUUAAGUUGUACAUAUAUACAGAUACAAAUUAACCAUAUAAUCUAUAUGUGUAAAAGAAAUAUGUCUCUUUAUGUAAAAACAAAUAUAUAAUAAAACAAAUAAAGAUGAUAAUUCAA